AACCUCAACCCUACUUCAUUCACGUAACUUCUUCAUUUCCAUUGGUCUCUGCAAGUGAACUCAGAAGUUAUACUUCCUUUUCUCUUUUAAGGAAUUCCCCGUCGAUCCAUGGCCGGUGGUGGAGGUGGAAGAUCUCUGGAGAAAACGUCAACUUGGGCAGUAGCCAUAGUUUGUUUUGUUUUGGUUUUGAUUUCAUUAAUCAUCGAAUACAUUAUUCAUCUUAUUGGAAAGUGGUUAAAGAAGAAACAAAAGGGAGCUCUUUAUGAAGCACUUGAAAAGAUCAAGUCAGAGCUUAUGCUAUUAGGGUUUAUAUCCUUGCUUCUAACGAUAGGACAAAGUCCAAUAUCAAACAUAUGCAUAUCAGAAAAAGUUGGAUCUACUUGGCAUCCAUGCAGCAAGAAGAAAGAAGUGAAUAUAAACAAGGUUGAAUUACCAGCAAGAGAAGAUGAGAAUCGCAGGAAACUUCUAAAGGUAUCAGAUUCCGGUGGAAGUCUCCGACGUUUAUUGGCUGGGGGAACCACCGACAAUUGUGGCACGGGUAAAGUCCCGUUUGUGUCGUCAGAUGGCAUUCAUCAACUCCACAUUUUCAUAUUCGUAUUAGCGGUUUUUCAUGUGCUUUACUGUGUCAUCACCAUGGCUUUGGGCAGAGCCAAGAUGAGACGGUGGAAAUCUUGGGAAAUGGAAACAGGAACAGCCGAGUACCAGUUCUCUCACGAUCCAGAAAGGUUCAGAUUUGCGAGAGAAACAUCAUUUGGGAGGAGACACUUGAGCUUUCCGACCAAGGCACCACUCCUUAUAUGGAUUGUUUGCUUCUCUAGGCAAUUUGUAAGAUCGGUUCCUAAAGUUGACUAUUUGACCUUGAGACAUGGUUUUAUCAUGGCACAUUUGGCACCUCAAAGCCACCAGAAAUUUAAUUUCCAAAAAUAUAUUAAUAGGUCAUUGGAAGAAGAUUUCAAAGUCGUUGUGGGAAUAAGUGCACCAAUUUGGCUUUUCGCGAUUAUAUUCUUACUCUUCAACACUCAUGGGUGGUAUACUUAUCUAUGGCUUCCAUUUAUUCCACUGAUUAUCAUCCUUUUGGUGGGGACGAAGCUACAGGUAAUAAUAACCCAAAUGGCACUUAGAAUUCAAGAGAGAGGAGAAGUAGUGAAGGGAGUGCCUGUGGUUCAGCCUGGAGAUGAUCUCUUCUGGUUCAACCGUCCUCGCCUUAUUCUUUACCUUAUCAAUUUUGUCCUCUUUCAGAAUGCCUUCCAGCUUGCGUUCUUUGCAUGGAGUUGGAAAGAAUUUGGGCUAAGAUCUUGUUUCCAUGAACAUUUGGAGGACAUAAUCAUCAGAGUUUCAAUGGGGAUCCUUGUACAAAUACUCUGCAGCUAUGUUACUCUCCCUCUGUAUGCCCUAGUAACUCAGAUGGGCUCAUCGAUGAAACCAACCAUCUUUAACGAGAGAGUAGCUGCAGCUCUAAGAAAAUGGCACCAAGCGGCUAAAAAACACAUUAAACGAAAGAAGGGACCUGUCUCUAUCACCCCCAUAUCUAGCAAACCAGCCACACCAUUGCAUCACUAUAUGUCUCCGUUGCACCUACUUAAAUACUAUCAAAAUGAAAUGGAUAGUCUCCAGAAUUCUCCUAAAAAAUCAAAUUUAAUUAGAUGGAAAAGCGAUACUCCGUCACCUUCUUACACUAACUAUCAAGGCAAUGAUUCAUCAUCGACCUAUCAUCCUAAUUCUGGCGAUGGAUCAUCUUCACAACACCACCACCAACUGCAACGGGUUGAACUAAGUUAUGGAAUAGAGUAUGAAAAGAAAGGCAAUAAUGAGGCAAGUUCAAGUGAAGUGAGACCAAUUUCACAACAUGAAAAUGAUGUAGAGCCAAAGGAAUUUUCAUUUGAUAGAAGAGCAAGUGUUUAAGCAAAUUAAGGAGGUAAAGCAAUUCUCUAGGCGGUGGAAUCUGCUUCCACAUAUGUGAGGGAAUUGAUGUACAGAUUGAAUCCAAUUGUCGUUUGAUGUGAGUAUGACGAAUAAAUAAAACAAAGAAUCAAUCAUCAAUAAAACAAACAAACAAAUAAAGCAUUGAGAGGAGACCAAAACCACUCAGGAAUUGGAUAUUUCAAGUGUAUUAUUCUAUCGUAAUGAAAUGUUGCAUAAAAUUAAUAAUGUUAGUAUAAAUAAUUAACCUCUGUCUUCUAUUAAUUUAUUUUUUAUUUUACGUUGUACUAUAUAACUGGAUUGGAUUAGCGUUAAGGCACUGUUCUUCCCUAAGAUCUCUUACCAGCCAAACACCGAGAUCCACUAACCAAUGCAAAAAUUCAUAAAGUCAUAAUAGGCUACUACUACUAUUAAACGCAAUGCAAGUCCAAUGUAUCCAAUUCAAGUAUUGCGCCGCAAUAAAAACACACCGCUUGUCGUGUUAAAGCUCCAGCAAAGUUUCAAUAAAAAGCUGAUACAAUACAAUCAGUUUCUGCAAAAUUUGCAAAACGACAAGCGUUGCCUUGAAAACCCUCCCCUUGUUUAUGCAACUUUCCCAGGGGCCAUGCCAUAUCCUGCUUUCUCUUUCUGCCCCUUGUUUUCUCUCUUCCCAACAAACCCACACCCCAAAUUCUAUCUGCUUUAUAAACGCAUACCCUUUUCCUUUUCUUUUCCAUAAAAAUUAAAACAGUAGAGAAAGAAAGAGGAGAUGGAGAUGGUGGUGGAAUUAUUAGGGAGGUUCGGCCGCCAGUGCUACGCAGUGUUGUGUUUAGGGGUGAUUCUCGUGUCUGCGAGUGUAGUUCGCUAUUUGUUUGAAGAUGAUGAGCUGAUAGACCAUCCUAAAGAACGCACGACUCCUAGCCUUCGUGCCAUUCAUGGCCCUCCAAUUCGUUCCAGCAAAAGCUUCUGCUAACUGACCCAACUAAGUCGUCUCCAGAAUUUUGUUUAUGUUUGUUAAUUACUAGUCUCUUUUUCCAUUUCAAUGGAAAGAGAUCAGGAGUUCUGUACGAAAAUGUUUGUUUUGGAUUUGAGGUAAAUGUUUGUUUUGGAUUUGAGGAAAUUGUUAAUAAAGAUUUUCUCGUUGUAAC